AUGGGCUUCGACUGUGGAUUCGACAUUUACCCGCGGCUGGAAGCGACUGCAGUAAAUAAAGAGUCUUACCAACAAUUCCUUGAUGGAAUCACACAUACGUAUGGAGAUAUCUACGACAGGGAAGGACGUCGGACAGAUGGAAAAGUUUUGAGCACGUCAACAGAUUUCGAUCACUCGGACAGAGCUUACAUGUGGUUCAUGGUCGGAGAGUGUCCGCACAUGCCAAGUAAUCCCGACCGAUGCAACUACUUCCUCCGAUUCAGCUCAAAGAUUAGUGGGCGUCUGACAACGCCUGCUGAGCCGUACAUCAGAGGCGUGCACAGCAUAGCGCUGAGAUACUUCGGUAGCAGAGUCCAUUUCUGGCAUGAAAUGAAUGAGACUGGUGAUGAACGACAGUGGGGAUAUUAUGAUUGGCGGGAGGUGCACGAUGCGAGUAGGACGCUCAGAGAACUGGAGGCAGGGCAAGAUUGGGAUCCGAAAAAUCGCGUCUGGGAGGAGAGGCAAGAGACGACGUCGAUGCCAUCCGACACGAACCUAUCUCCAGCCUGCGGUACCUCUCGACUUGGUCUGGAACAACCCCUAUUGUCGGCUGCUCUGCCGCGAAACGGUAUGGAGAAAAAUGUAUACGCCAUCAGACCAAUUUCUGGUAAGGGGCAAGGCCUGGUCGCCACCUCAAAAAUCCACAAAGGAGCACGUAUACUUUCUGAGGCACCGAUAUUCAAGGUCCGUCGAGACGAACAUAACCACCAGGUCUUCAAUGACCAGAUUGUCAGCGCAUUGAAAAGCUUAGACAGGGACCGUCAACGGGCAUUCUUUUCUCUUCACAAUGUCUACGGAAAGAGCCACACGAUUGCCCGUACGAACGUUCUACCCGUCGGCUCUGAGGCCGAUGAAGGUGGCCUUUUCCUCGAGGCAUCUCGCAUCAACCACUCUUGCCGACAUAAUGCGCAAAAUACAUGGAAUGAGAACAUUGGACGUCUCACUAUCCACGCGCUCUGUGAUAUCGAGGAAGGACAGGAAAUUACUAUCUCAUACCUUAGCCGCAGGAUGGAAUACACAGAGCGCCGAAGGCUUUUGCAAGCCAAGUUCUGUUUCGACUGUGAGUGUGAGCUAUGCCUACUUCCGCCAAGCCAUCGUGAGGAAAGUGAUCACAGGUUGAGCAAGAUCCAAGCCAUUCACGAAGUUCUCGGCGAUUUGGACCCUGUCACCUCCGACUACAACGUGGACCUUCAUCUCGUGCGAACUAUACUUCGUUUGUUUGAGGAAGAAGGCAUCCGGGAUGCGUGUGUUCCAAAGACUUGCUACGACGCAUUUCGAAUUGCAAUCGCGAACGGUGAUGAAACGAGAGCGCAGAUCUUCGCUGAGGGAGCGUACACCACCAGGGUCAUCAUUGAGGGCGAUGACAGCCCUGCAGUGAGCAGAGCAAAGCAGUUGGUCGACCGACCCGCCCAGCAUUGGCUCUACAAAGCAUCUGUAGCUUCUCCUCAAGAGACCAGUCCCCUUCCAGAAAUGGAUGGGUUGGAUUUUGAUGACUGGCUUUGGAGAGAGAACGAGCAGUUGAAGCACCCGGCUAACUCGAGUGCCGAUGAUUCGUACGAUGUUUCUGGCGAAGAUCUGCGGUAUAGAUACGACAAAAGUUCAGGUGAUGAGAGAUCAGAGAGCUUUGAUUCGUUGAGUACUAGCUCCAUCUGGGCAGCACUGUCUCGGAGUCUGGACAAGCCAUAA